AUGCAUUUUGCAAUCCCCGCACUCAUCGCUGGCAUCUUUAUGCGCACUUGCCUAGGAGGAGUUUUUCAGGUCAUUGAGGAAGACCGUGGGUGCAAAAUAUACACCAAGGAUGUCCAUGGUUGCACUGGCUACUCCGCAUCUUUUACAACAUUUAACGGAAAGGACUGUUCAGUGGUCGUUGAUGAAAUUCGCCUUGGCUUGUCUUAUAUCGAUGUCGCAACAUGUGGAAAGAUUGACGGCAAAAAUGAAGCUUGGAUCAGGGUAGAGAAGACAGGAGAGGUUACCUUUUUCAAUAUGAACGGCGACAAAGCUAACUGCACGCUUGAUAAUGGGCUCAAUACUGGAAGUUCAUGCAGCGCGUCUGGAUAUAUGUCCUUGAAUAGUACAAGCGCAGGUCCGUCUUCGAGCCCCGCAGCUUCGAAGGCUUCUUCCUCUUCCUCGCCAGCUUCGUAA